AUGGCGCCUGUAAAUGGGCACCUGCUGCUCCCCAAAAUUUGGAGAGCAGCAAGGUUCGCCUAUGAGAAGGCCUCCAAGGCCAUACGAGCCAAGUUACCCGAACCAGCUCAGCAUACCUCACUUCGCUACCAACCAGCCUACGCCCGGAUCAACAGACAGCCUAUCAAUCGCGCCGCGGCUAUCCGCCAGGCUCGCAGCCGUCACUUCUCCACUCGUGCAGCCGGUGCCUUUGCCUCCGUUAUCCGAGGCAUCCAAGCUGAUGUUGGCACCUUCAAGACCACCCGCGUCGCUUCCAACAUUAGCCGAUUGACUGCUCGCGCCCCGUUCGCAUCAACCCUCCGCCCCAACCUGACCGGUGGCACCUUGGGCCGCACCGCGGGAGGAUAUGCAAUUGGUGCCGGCCGUUUUGGCGGGGCCCGAUACUUCUCCCAUGGAGCCGCAGCCCCCGCCCAAGUCAUCCAGAACGUGUCUCAAGGUGUCCGUGCAUUCUUCCUGUCGGGCCAGAAGAUUCGAUUCGACGGAAUUGACCCCCGUACGGGCGAGAAGCGUUACAAGGCCGUGAGCGCUAUCCAGGACCAGGCCGGUCGAAACAUGACCGCCAUUCCCCGCACUGCCCCAGGUUCGCACAUCGACUUCCAGCUUUCCCCGACCAUCACCGCUUUCGGUGUUCUGGCUGCUCUGGAUAAGAAGACCGGUGCCACUACGGAGACUCUGCAGUCGGAGGGUCUUAUGGAUCUCCUGUCCGCCGACUUUGCCCGUGCCUUGAAGGAGUAUGCUACUGUCUUGAAUGAUCUCAAACGUCUUUCAACCCUGGGUGAUAUGCCAAUUCUACUCCACGAUCGCUCUACUAUUCGCGUCCGGUUCCCAGGAUGCGACGCUGAGACAGUCGAGAGCCUUUGUGACGAGGUUGGUGUCCAACGCGGUCGCAUUGUUCAGGACGAUGACUUUGAUCUCCGCACUGGCGUUGAUCUAGCCCUGCUAUUCCCAUUUGCACCGAGCAUGGCCCCAUCAUCCAACACAGAAGAUUUCUUCGAGCAGCCCUGUAAAUCAAUCCGUCCAUCCACCGAUGACCUCGACUGGCACGCCAUGCUCACUCCCGAGGGCAGUCCAUUCUCUCACAAUUCCCGUGACUCUGGUAAUGCCAUCAGUUUCAACGACAGUGAGCUGUUCUGCGAGAACCCAUGGACCUCUCCUAAGUCGGCAUACUCGAGUGUCAAUAUCAGUGAACUCGGGGACCGUGCAUUUUUCCCUGAAGAGUCUGGUUCCUGUGCUAGUUCCGAUAGUGCAUCCGGAUACGAUGGUGCUGAGGGCAUUCACCGAUUUUUAGCUGAGUGUGAUAUGGCACGGCGCUGA